AUGAAUAGCUCACAACGGCGCAGCAUAAUGUUUGGUGAAAAAGCGGUCAUCGAAAUGGAUAUCGACCCUUUUGUAUCGAAUUUGGACACCCCUGCUGAUCUGAAAGUUCCAGCGACCUACACAGGCCCAAUGCUCUCCACCCAAUUAGCAACACCGACCAUGAAAAAACGAGACAAAAAUAAGAAUACUCACAAAGACGAUGAGAAGAAAGAAAACAAUUCCUCCGAGCCAGAUGAGCCCGCUGCAAAAAAGAAAUGUUAG